AGAUAGAUAUACUCGACAUCGCUGACGAGCCCGUCUUCGACGAGCGUAUCGUGAAAUAUGUGAUGCACACGUACAAUUCGUACGCUAACACGACGUUGGGACACAGCGACGAGAUACGAAUACCUAUACAGCAACAGGAUUUGUACACGUUGCCGUGUGAGAGUUUUCUCUACAUUGAAGGAAAACUCGUUACUCCUGCCGAUGAGAAUAGAGAUGACGUAUGUAUAAUGAGAAAUAAUUGUGUCGCGUUCAUGUUUGAUGAAAUGCGAUACGAGCUCGACGGAGUUGAAAUCGAUCGUAACAGAAACGUUGGAAUAACGAGCACGAUCAAAAACUAUGUAUCGCUGACGACGGAGAAGAGCAAGACGCUGAAAUACGCAUCGUGGAAUCCGGAUGGAAAUCCAUUGCUCGAUGGAAACUUUAAUUUUUGGGUUCCGCUCAAUACUCUUUUAGGAUUCUGCGAGGACUACAAACAGAUUGUAAUCAACGCUCGUCACGAACUUGUAUUGAUACGAUCGCGCAACGAUAACAAUUGUCUCGUUGGACGAGUCGGUACGAAUCCAACGAUCGAACUACUCAAGAUACAGUGGCGAAUGCCGCACGUAUCUCUGAGCGAAGUCAACAAGCUGUCUCUUCUUCGAACUUUGGAAAGCGGAAGAUAUCUGAGCGUGUGCUUCCGUUCGUGGGAUCUGUACAAAUUUCCUCUGCUGCAGAAUACAACGAAGCAUUCCUGGGCGGUCAAAGCCGCGACGCAAUUGGAAAAAUCGCGAUACGUAAUCUUUGCUCUCCAAACCGGUCGAAAAAACGUACUGUCUGAAAACGCUACGCAAUUUGACGCUUGUAAACUCACCAAUGUGAGACUGCAUCUGAAUUCAGAUUUUUUACCGUACGACGACAUGAACUUGGAUUUUGACAGAAAUCGAUACGCUAUACUGUACAACAUUUUGGAAAUACAUGAGAUCGAGCAGUUGAUGAGGGCCCUGACGGACCGGAUCGCCGUCCUGCACGGUGCGAUCCACCAAUUCGAAGAGGCGACGAGGCUUGUGCAGCAGCAACACGUGCUGUACUCUUUCCAAGUACAUUACGAUGUACACGGAAAUGGAAACGGGGUGAUACUAGCAUCGAUGCAGGAUAUAAGGGGUAACAUGAUGACGGCAGUAAGGCUGCUGGAAAUUUUAAAUACACAGUUCCAGCAGAUGGAAU